GUGGUGGCGGUUGGCAUACGCUGUGGUCUGUUUUCCGCGUCCCAGGCUCGUGGAGCUCUGGGGCAGGACCAAGGAGACGGGAGCGGGAAAGUUCGAGAAGAGACGUUGUCCCCGCUGCAGCGAGGCGGCUGUGAGGCCCGACAGAGCCGGGUGGGGACGCGGCGGCCUUGCUCCCGGCCCCGCCUUUCCCCCAGGUCGGUGGCGGAGGCCGCGCCGAUGAACUCGCCUGAGGGCCAUGUGGUCUUUGAGGACGUGACUAUAUAUUUCUCCCAGGAGGAGUGGGGCCUCCUUGUUGAGGCUCAGAGAAGCUUGUACCUUGAUGUGAUGCUGGAGAACUUUACACUUUUGUCCUCCAUAGGUUGUUGGCAUGGAGCCCGGGAUGAAGAGGCACCUUCAGAGCAAGGUGUUUCUGUAGGAGUGUCACAGGUUCUUUCAGCAGAAGCACUUAUGGACCCUGUACUGGGCUCUGUGACCUUUGAGGAUGUGGCUGUAUACUUUUCCCAGGAGGAAUGGAGGCUUCUUGAUGAGGCUCAGAGAUGCCUGUACCGGGAUGUGAUGCUGGAGGUCUUUGUGCUUUUUGCAUCAUUGGGUUGUUCAGGUGGAGCAGAGGAUGAGGAGAUACCUUCUGAGCAGAAUGUUUCUAUAGAAGUGUUACAAAUAAAUACUCCAAAGGCAUAUCUGUCCACCCAAAAGGUCCAUCCCUGGGAGAUGUGUGGCUUGGACUCAGAAGGUGAUUUACAUCUAGCUGAGGACCUGGGAGCAAACCCUGAGCAGAAACUAUGUGGGGCAUGUGGGAAAUUUCACCAGCACCAAAACCAGCACAGUGGAGAGAAACUCUUCAGAAGGAACAUGGAUAAGGCCUCCUGUAUUAAGAGCUGUAUAGUCCAUGUGUCAGAGAAACCCAUCACAUGCUGGGAGGCCAGGAAGGACUUCUCUGAUAACCUGAGCCUUCUCCAGCACCAGGUCACUCACAGCCAGGGGGAGCCACAAAAGGGCAUUGAGUGUGUGGAGGCCUUUCACAGUGGGCAAAGGCACUAUAAGUGCAGUGAAUGUGGGAAAGCCUUCUGCCGCAAAUACAGACUUGCUCAGCACCAGAGAGUCCACACCGGAGAAAGGCCCUAUGAGUGCAGUGAAUGUGGGAAAACCUUCAGCUACAAACACAUACUUGUUCAGCACCAGAGAGUCCACACUGGAGAAAGGCCUUAUGAGUGCAGUGAAUGUGGUAAAGCCUUCAGCAACAAACCCACACUUGUUCGGCACCAGCGAAUUCACACUGGAGAAAGGCCUUAUAAAUGCAGUGAAUGUGGGAAAUUCUUUAGCCAAAGCUCCAGCCUUAGUGAACAUCAGAGAAUUCACACUGGGUCACGGCCUUAUAAAUGCAGUGAAUGUGGAAAAUUCUUUACCUCCAACUCCAACCUAAUUAAACACCGGAGAGUUCACACAGGAACAAGGCCUUAUGAGUGCAGUGAAUGUGGGAAAUUCUUUAACCAAAGCCCUAGCCUCAUUAAACAUCAAAGAAUUCACACUGGUGAGAGGCCUUAUGAGUGUAGUGAAUGUGGUAAACUUUUUAGCCAAAGCUCUACUCUCAUUAAACACCAGAGAGUUCACACUGGAGCAAGGCCUUAUAAGUGCAUUGAAUGUGGAAAACUUUUUAGCCAAAGCUUUGGCCUUACACAACACCGGAGAGUUCAUACUGGAGAACGACCAUACGAGUGCAGAGAAUGUGGAGAAUUCUUUAGCCAAAGUACCCAACUUACUCAGCACCGAAAAGUUCACACCAGAGAAAGGCCUCAUGAGUGCAGCAAACAUGGAAACGUCUUCAGUCAAAGGUCUUCUCUGAUUGAGCACCAGAAACCUGACAGCCCAGAUAGACCUUAUGAGUGCAGCAACUGUGGGAAAGCCUUGAGCUGAAGGUCUAACCUCAUUCGACACUGGAAAGUUCAUGCUGGAGAAAAGGCCUUAGAAUGAGAUGGUGAAGGUAGGGAAUGAGCUAUUUCCCUAUUUAAUGUAACACGCUGGAGAGCCUUUGUGCGAGAGCCAUCAGCUGGAAUCUGAAUGCCAUACACCUGAACAUCCAUAGUGUGGAGGUGGCCUGUGAUUACGAGGUCUGUAGGAAGCCUUUAAGAAGCCAUGUUCUGCUUUCUAACCUGCCCUGGCCCCUUGCCAGAUUUAUGUCACUGCUAGUUUCUGUGGUAGAAGCCGUCUUACCUCUCCCAAGUGGCAGAUCCACACGUUGUGCAUCAGUCACCUCAGUGUGAUCAGGGUCCGCAGAGCUCUGUGCUCUCCCAUCCCCUGGAGGGAAGCAUGAAUACCCUGAGCCCUUGGGUGUGUCAUUCCCUUCCAUCUAACUGGCUAGGACAUGGACCUAACAAGCUUUGGAUCUGCUGGUGGCUUGUAGAGGUUUGGGUUCAUGUGAUGCUCAUGAUUUUAUUAGCCUCCCAGUCACCCUGUCUGGGGAGUCUCUGCCUCAGUUUGCUCUGGUUUGUGCAAUAAUAAAGACUUUGCUUAAGCCAACUUUUAUCUUGGAGUUUCUGUUCACUGGUGGAGUAGGGUUGAAAACAGAAUUGGAUUCUGCCAGGAUGAAGAGGUGAGCAGCUUUUGUGGGUAUUCCAAACAGUGUGCCUCAGUGGGGAUAGUAUCAUGGCAGAGAAUAGUUUUUACUGCAGUUUUGGCCUGAUUUGCGUUGUCCAAGGCCUCCACAUGACCUGGAUGUCAGAAUUUUUUGUGAGUCCUGAGAGGACGGUAGUGAGAACUACUAGUAUUUUUUUGAGCAGCGUAAGUUGAUUCUCUUUUUCACAUGGGGUAUCACAUAAUGCUCCCGGCACUCUUGAAGAGAUGUUCUCUAGGUUCUGCAAAAGAGCGAUGUGCCAUGUUGUCUAGUAUUUGGUAGGAUUUUAGGCAUCAGGUGGGAACCAUAUUUGGUAUAGAAACACUGGGUGAAUCAAUAGGAAGUGAGAGAGACUAGCAAACUAGAGGAGAUGUGCCUGUUCUGAAGUUCAAAUGUUCCAGUGAUUAUGGCUGUUCAGGAUAAGGUUUUUGCCGAAAUUCUCAGGAGCUACAGAGCUAUUUCUCUCCUGUGGCCACAAUCCCUGCCAGACCAAGUAAUGUAAAAAGGCUUUUAGGAUUCCUGUUGCAUCUCCAAAUUCUUCACCUCAAGCCUGUUGCUGCAAAAUCAAAAAAAAAAGGACUGAAUGGAAAUCUUGUAGUCCAGGCAUGUGAUUUUUAUGACCCAGACAGAGUUCCUGGGUUACUUAAGUGGAAACAUCUUUCAUCGCCUGCCAGUUUCUGUUGCUACUGCAGUGGAGCUCGCCUCCUGUGAGGUGAGGAGAGAUUGUAACAUAUAGGGCUGCCAAAUUUCUACUUUUCCAAAAAUGAGGAGUUUCAGAUUUUUAUGUGAAAUCUUUUCCAUUAAAACUUUAUUGAUUUAGAAAUGGGCAUGCAGUAAACUAAACAUUUAAAAUGUACUGCUUAGUAGGUCUUAAUAUGUGUAAACACAUGAAACUAUCAUCAUAAUCAUUAAUGAACAUAUCCAUCAGUCCCAUAUUUAUCUUGUGACCUCUCUCUCCCUGGACUCUGAGGAAACUGUUGUAUACAAUUGGAAUAAUUGGAAUGUUAAUGUGUUUUACUCAUUCUUUCAUGCUGCGUGAUUAUUUUGAGAAUCAUCCAGGUUGCAAAUGUGCAUUUUGUUAGCCUUGAAAAUAUUCUAUUUGGGUAUACCGCUGUUUGUUUAUCCAUUCAUCUGAUAAUGGAUGAAUGGGGUUUUUUGGUUCGUUUCCCGUUUUGCUAUCACAUAUAGGCUUACCAGGAACGCAUACAUACAAUUCCUUAUAUGAAUAUAUAUGGCUCCAUAUUUUUUGUUUUAAAUCCCAGGAGUGUAAUGCCUGAGUCAAAAGGUAGGUAAAUGUUUAGCUUUUUAAAGAAACAGGCCAGACUUUAGUGAUUCAUGAUGUUGAACAUUUUUAAUGUUUAUUUUUCCCCCUGCAUAUUCUUCCUUGAUAAAAUCUGCUGGGGUUUUUUGUGUAAUGAAUGUUGACUGAUACUUUCCUUUUUAUUGACAAUGAAAAAAAUAUGUUGAAACUUCAUUCUUCAGUGACUUUGGUUAGUGGAAUAAAUGUUCUUGAAUACCGGAAGAGUAUUUCCUCAAUUAUUUGUGCUAGUCACAAUGUAAUGGCCACAUACACUUUGAAGUUUAGUCCAGAGUUAAUAAGUAAUCUUAAGAAGACAACUACUCAAACCUUGCUUGUAGUGUUUGCCAAUUUCCCUGCUGUAAAAAUUCCAGCGGUGGCCAGUUUCAAGCUGUGAACAUGAGGUCACCAAAUGUGGAUUUGGAAAGAGGUGUGGAGUAGCACACCGUUGUAUUCUGUUUCCAUUGUGCAGAUAAAUAGCCAUAAACUGGAGAACAUAGAUAAUAGUAUAAAAUAGAAAGAGACAAGUUUUGAGCGUUACUGUGCAGCAAAAGACUAAGUCAGCAGGUUUGACUUGUCUAACCUCGGCGCAUUCCAAAGAAAGGUUUAGCAUGUGCCUGGCCCCUGAGGGAGACCCUCUAAGCCCUUGAAACGUUCUGCCUGGUAAGUGUCUUUGUUUACUUCUGGGGCUUUGGGCCAUGCCAGAGAGUUUAUGCUAAUAAUGUGACUUAGUCUCUAGCUUUUCCAGAGGGAAAACUAAGGUCAGCCACACGGGUGCUCCUUGUCUACAUGACAGACACUCAAAAAAACCUAGACACCGGGGCUUGGCUGAGUGUCCCUGGUUAGCAAUACUUCAUGUGUGUUGUCACAUGUCAUGGCUGGGAGACUUAAGCACUGUCUAGGUGACUCCACUGGGAGAAGACAACCGGAAGCUGGCACCUGGCUUCUAUGUGCCUUCUUCCUUUGCUGAUUUCCAUGUCUAUAUCCCUUCACUGUAAUAAACUGCCACCACUACACUUUCCUGAGUUCUGUGUCUUUCUAGCGAAUCAAUGAACCCGAGGGUGGU